CCAAGCCCUUAUCAUUCCUCUCUCGGACUUUUACUGGAAAAUUUUCAACUAUUUUAUACAAUUGUUGCGUCAGUUGAGAGCAAUUCAAAGGAUCGAAGACAAUGGCUUUUCAGAUUGCGAGAAGACUCCUACGUAGCCGCGCUAGUUCGUCGAUUAGGUAUUUGGAUCGGAGCUUCAGUUCGGAGUCCAAUUCGAAUUUGAUCCGCGCUACUCUUUUCCCCGGCGAUGGUAUUGGCCCUGAGAUCGCCGACUCCGUCAGACAGAUUUUCAAGACUGCUGAGGUACCAAUUGAAUGGGAAGAACACUAUGUAGGGAAGGAGAUAGACCCUAGAACCAAUAGUUUUCUGACAUGGGAGAGUCUUGAAUCAGUGAGAAGAAAUAAGGUUGGUUUGAAAGGGCCAAUGGCUACACCUAUCGGGAAAGGUCAUCGUUCCUUGAACCUUACAUUGAGGAAGGAGUUAAAUCUGUAUGCCAAUGUUAGACCUUGCUACAGCCUACCUGGAUACAAGACUCGCUAUGAUGAUGUCAAUCUCAUCACUAUCAGGGAAAACACUGAAGGAGAGUACAGUGGUCUGGAACAUCAAGUCGUAAGGGGUGUGGUUGAAAGUCUCAAGAUCAUCACUCGUCAAGCAAGCUUAAGGGUUGCAGAGUACGCGUUUCACUAUGCCAAGGCUCAUGGAAGAGAGAGAGUGUCUGCAAUUCACAAAGCUAACAUCAUGCAAAAGACUGAUGGUCUUUUCCUUAAGUGUUGCCGAGAGGUAGCAGAGAAGUACCCUGAGAUAAAGUAUGAGGAAGUUGUCAUUGACAAUUGUUGUAUGAUGCUUGUGAAAAAUCCAACACUUUUUGAUGUUUUGGUGAUGCCUAACCUUUACGGUGACAUUAUCAGCGACCUUUGUGCUGGUCUGAUUGGUGGUUUGGGCUUAACUCCAAGUUGCAAUAUUGGUGAGGGAGGGAUUGCUCUUGCCGAGGCUGUGCAUGGUUCAGCACCUGAUAUUGCUGGAAAGAACUUGGCAAAUCCAACUGCUUUGCUUUUGAGUGCUGUAACCAUGCUACGGCAUUUGGAGCUUCAUGAUAAAGCUGAUCGUAUCCAAGGUGCUGUCCUAAACACAAUUGCGGAGGGGAAGUACCGAACAGGUGAUCUUGGUGGUACUUCAUCAACUACUGACUUCACAAAUGCCAUCUGUGACCAUCUUUAAACAUGCUCGUCCAUAUGUACAUUCAACUUUUGCAAUGGUUUGACAUAAUUUAUGUUUGUUUCAAAUAUGCAAUUGAAAUAAUUUAUAUUUGCUUCUGGUGAUCCAAACAACACUACCUUGGGUUUCUCAGAGAUCUGCUUAUUAGGACUGGAAUUCAUUUUCAAAGGAUAUAUUUCAAAGAAUAGCAUCCACCACCUGUAAUUGGUGACUCAUUAAUUUGCAGGGAAUAAGAGUUUAAUCCUGUAAUGCUUCUUGCUGUUCAA